AUGGCUCGCAUGUUGUCGCUUUCUCUCGCAAUGGUGCUUCUGGCCCGUUUGACGGUGGCGGCGCCCACACCAGACGACUCUAUCAUGCCUCCAACAGACUCCUUCAUCAGCCCCGAUCCAAAUCCAGUUCUAUGGUCGGAAGGGACUGAUAGCAUUCCAACAGCAGUGAGGGGCAAGAUGGGCGCAUCGAUACUAGGCCCCCAAAACAGACUGUUGGAUCUAAUGAAUCCGGAUCUGCUGGCGCCUCCUUCGACUGAUAGCGGUCAAGUUCCUAACGUCAAAUGGCCGUUUUCCAUGAGCCACAAUAGGCUCGCAAAUGGUGGUUGGGCGCGCCAACAGAACGUGAACGCGAUGCCAGCAGCUACGGCAAUUGCUGGUGUGAAUAUGAGGCUUGAACCUGGAGUCGCACGGGAAAUGCAUUGGCACACUUCUGCAGAGUGGGCGUAUAUGAUUGCAGGCGAUGUCCGAAUCUCUGUGCUUACCCCCGAGGGUCAGAUGUACCUCGCUGAUGUCACACAAGGCGAUCUAUGGUACUUCCCCUCAGGCUACCCCCACUCCAUCCAAGCGAAGAACACCACGGCCGACGGCGCCGAGUUCCUGCUCAUCUUCGACGAAGGGAACUUCUCUGAGGACGCGACGUUCCUGCUGACCGACUGGCUCGCGCACACGCCCAAGGACGUUAUCGCUAAGAACUUUGGCAUGUCGAACAACCUUGCUGCGUUCGACCACAUUCCAGAGCGGGAGCUCUACAUCUUCCCGUCUGCUCCGAUGCCAGAGAACGUGGAAGACGAUAUGGUCGUGCCUAACAACACGCCUCUUCCAUUCACCUUCCCCCUUUCGCGAGUGAACGCUACCAGCACCCCAGGAGGGAGCGUCAAGGUCGUCGACUCCCGUACGUUCAAUGUGUCCAAGACCAUCAGCGCCGUUGAAGUGACGGUAAACCCCGGUGGGAUGAGGGAACUACAUUGGCAUCCUACACAACCCGAGUGGAGCUACUUCCUUGAGGGUCAAGCGCGAGUAACAGUGUUCGCCUCAGAAGGACACGCUCAGACCUACAACUUCAUGCCUGGUGACGUCGGAUACAUACCGCCUUCUUUCGGUCAUUACGUCGAGAAUACCGGCAACACCACACUCAAAUUCUUGGAGAUAUUUAAAGCAGAUAUCUUCCAAGAUAUCUCGCUGAACCAGUGGCUUGCUCUGACUCCGCCAGAGCUGGUCAAAUCACAUCUGGGGUUCGACGACGACACUAUCUCUAGGCUGAGCAAGGUCAAACAAGAGGUAGUUUAG